AUGUUUCAGACGUCCGCUUCGGCGUAUCGAGGGAACACGGCCAGCCAGAAGCCUUCUUCUGCCGACAACAACGCACGCAGCGACGCGCUCAAGUCUCAGGGCAAUAUCUUCUUUGGCAAGCAGGACUUCCAAGCCGCCCUUACAGCAUACUCGCAGGCCAUCGGAUUCAAUCCUCGUUCGGCUGCACUCUAUUCGAACCGUUCUGCGACAUAUCUCCAACUGGGACAGCUCGAACAGGCCCUAGCUGAUGCUGACAAGGCCGUCCAAUUUGACCCGACAUGGAGCAAGGCCUACCGACGCCGAGGCAAUGUCCUCGAAGUUCUCGACCGACUUGACGAAGCUAUCGAUGCUUACUGGGAAGGAAGGAACAAUGAAACCGAUCAAGCUGUCAAGGCGGAUCUGGCACGGAUGAUCGCAGCGGUGGAGAGGAGAAUCGAGGAAAGGGCUGAGCUCAAGAGGAGAGGAGGAGACGAUUCGAUCAUGUCGGUAAACGACGCUCCAGCAAAACUUAUCGCCCGGGAAAUCGACCGACGGAUAUCCAAGGGAGAGGCACCAGGCCAAUGGCCACCUCUUGGUAGUGCCGCCAGGAGACUUUGGACUGCCGACAUGCAAUAUACAGAAGCUCUACGUCAACUUUCGCAGUUUCAGAAGCAUGACCUACCAGCUGCUGCUAAUGCCCCGCCUGGUGCGUUUGGUAUUUCUGGACCGCUUCAAACGUUGGCGGAUUUGACGUCUGUUGCCAUGGAGGAUUUCAAAGUCGUCUACUUUGGAGAGGGAGAUCUGGAGAAGUUGCAGUUGUGCUAUAUGCUGGAACAGCAGCAAAGGAACGCCAUUGGUGACAAUCUAAACCCUGUUCAGGCAAUAGCAGAGUACAAAAAAAGGUUGGACAAAGGAACAAGCUGGGACGUCAUACGACCUGCACUGCAACUAAGUAUACGUGCUGCCUUCAUGAAUGGGAUAAUCAAGGACGGCUUCCUUGAGCCUCGUCUGCCUAACGGUACUACUCCAGCAGUCGAUGACUUCCGCCGUGCAGUAGACUUGACUGAGGAGGCCCGCCGUGUUUUCAACAAUGUGCCUGGUCACAUUCGUGGUCGCACACUUGAGAUAACAUUCCUUCGAGGCCUGAAAAUACGUCUUGGCGAAGCUCUUAUCAAGCUUUACAACCACACUGACCCACCAUCCCUCCCAAUCAUCGAAGAAAUCAAAAACAUCGGUGACUAUAUAGUCUCCUCCUGCAACACCUCACCAUUACCAGAAGUCGAGCCACCAACAAACCAAGAAACAACAGAACGAUAUUGGGAUCUCUACGUCCCUCAUUGGGGCUACCCGCGUGCAAUGGGUCACAUAUUUAGAGGAAUGGCGUACAUGCAACUCGGACUUCACUGGAAUAGAGUUCAGCUAGACAGUAGAACAGGAAAGAAAGGACCAUCGACAGGUAACAUGGGAGAUCUACGGACUGCAGCUGAAGAGUAUGUUUCUGGUGCUGCUUGGCUACCAGAUGACGAUGUAGAUGCUACGAAUGCUUUGUGGAUGGCGAUAUUUUGCAUGGUUCGUCGAGGAGCGUAUUAUCUUGGCGAUCUACAACUUCUCAGAACUAUGGCAUUACAUCAGCAGGGGCUGUGGGGUCCAUGGUUUGGAGCGGAUUAUAUCCCUGCUGGCCAUAGCGGAAAAUUGGCGAGUAGUGAAGCGCUUCGACAGAGUGAAGGAGCAGACCCCGACACCAUAUGCUCGCCGCUGGUAGAAUGGAGUGAAGGUGUUGAGGUUGAUCAAGAUAUUCUAGGAGAAGUGCUCAUGCCAUAUAUUGGUAGAGCUUUACAAACUCCGGAGAAAGAUGGCGGAGGAAUGAUCAUGCUAGGAAAGAUUAUUAGGAGUAUCUGGGAAGAAAGGAAACGGCUAGGAGAACCAAGGGUUGGGGAUUUAUGGGACGGGUUGCCCAGCAGAAUUAGAGUCGAAUGGGAAGGGGUGUGGAAAAUGUACGAGAAAGAACGACUAGAGAGCCGCCAACCUGGGUUGGCAGAGAGUCUGAAUAAGAUAUCUCUGGCAGAGAGGGUUGUUUAA